AUGUUAGUCAACUGUUCAAACUGCCACACCCCUUUGCAGCUUCCACCAGGAGCCAACUCCAUCCGCUGUGCUAUCUGCCAUGCAAUAACCCACAUAUAUGACCCUCGCUCUGCCCCACCACCGCCUGCUCUAUCUUACUCCUCAUCGGGCCACCACCAACAUUACCCUCCCCCACCUCAUUCUUCUCAAGUGGUUCCAUCACCAUACAACCAUGCACCUCCUGGCCCACCACCUUCUUUCCAUAGCGGAAAGCGUGCUGUGAUAUGCGGGGUGUCUUAUAAGAAUACCAAGAAUGAACUCAAAGGUUGCAUUAAUGAUGCUAGGUGCAUGAAGUACUUGUUGGUUAAUAAGUUCAAUUUCCCUGAAUCAUCCAUCAUCGUACUCACCGAGGAAGAAACCGAUCCUUUUAGGCGACCAACCAAACAUAACAUGAGAAUGGCAUUGUACUGGCUUGUGCAAGGAUGUCAACCUGGAGAUUCCCUAGUGUUUCAUUUUUCUGGUCAUGGUUCCCAGCAGAAAGAUUACAAUGGAGAUGAGUUAGAUGGAUAUGAUGAAACACUUUGUCCAACAGAUUUCGAAACUCAAGGAAUGAUUGUGGAUGAUGAGAUCAAUGCAGUGAUUGUCAAGCCUAUUCCUCAUGGUGUUAAGCUUCAUGCCAUCAUUGAUGCUUGCCAUAGUGGCACUGUGUUGGAUUUACCAUUUCUCUGCAGAAUGGACAGGAGUGGGAAGUAUGUUUGGGAAGACCACCGCCCUCGAUCGGGAGUAUGGAAAGGAACAAGUGGUGGAGAGGUGAUCUCCUUCAGUGGCUGCGAUGAUGAUCAAACGUCUGCAGACACUUCGGCUCUUUCAAACAUCACGUCGACCGGUGCAAUGACUUAUUCAUUCAUCCAGGCAGUUGAGCGCGGACAUGGAACUACAUAUGGCAGCAUGCUAAAUGCAAUGCGGUCUACCAUCCGUAGUGCAACCAAUGAGCUUAAUGGUGGCCUUGUAACAUCACUUAUCACAAUGCUUUUAACAGGAGGAAAUUUCAAUGGUGGGACACAGGAACCACAGUUAACUGCUAAUGAACCAUUUGAUGUGUAUUCAAAACCUUUUUCCUUGUAA